UUGUGAGGCUUGAGGUCGCUUGGCCCAGCUGCCUGCAGCCUCUCCGCGACGGGUUGCGCUCCUUUGUGGGAGUCGUAGUUCUUCCCUCCGCUGCCUCUAAAUAUAAGGCGCAGGCGAGACUACGACUCCCAGCAUGCGCUGCGGCGCUCCUAGGGCCGCCGCCUCGCGGCUGCGGACGCCUGGGAGCAGGUUGUUGUUUUUAUGAGAAGCGUCACUGCGCUCGCAGCUGUGACUACCGCCACCGCGACAGCCAGCGCAGUGGGGUGGAGGUGGCGCUGCCCCUUCAGACCUGAAAAAUGUCUGAAAACUCCAGUGACAGUGAAUCAUCUUGUGGUUGGACUGUCAUCAAUCAUGAGGGGUCUGAUAUAGAGAUGGUGAAUUCUGAACAUGGUACAGCCAGUGACAGCUGUGAGCUCACCCCAGAGUAUUCAUCGUUAGAGCAAGACGAGUUGCAAGUAUUGCAGGUAGAGCAAGGAGAGAGAAGUGAAAAUGGCACAAUGUUAGUGGGAGAAACUGCUUAUCCAGUUUUGGAGGAAACGAAGUCAGCACUUGAGGGAGAGGAAGAAAAGUCACCUGAAGACAAUGUCUAUUUUGGAACUGUCAGUGAUGAUUCUGAUAUUGUUACCCUUGAGCCACCUAAGUUAGAAGAAAUUGGAAAUCAAGAAGAAGCUAUAAUUGUUAAAGAAGCACAGAGUCCAGAAGACUUUAACAUGGGCUCUUCCUCUAGCAGCCAGUAUACAUUCUGUCAGCCAGAAACUGUAUUUUCAUCUCAGCCUAGUGAUGACGAAUCAAGUAGUGAUGAAACCACUCAUCAGCCCAGUCCUGCCUGUAGACGACGCCGUGCUAGGAAGAAGACUAUUUCUAGUUCAGAAUCUGAAGAACGAAUACUCACUGAACAAGAAACUGAACCCUCUAAAGAGUUGUGUAAACGCCAAUUCAGUAGUGGUCUCAAUAAGUGUGUUAUACUUGCUCUGGUGAUUGCCAUCAGCAUGGGAUUUGGACAUUUCUAUGGCACAAUUCAGAUUCAGGAGCGUCAACAGUUAGUCAGAAAGAUACAUGAAGAUGAAUUGAAUGAUAUGAAGGAUUAUCUUUCCCAAUGUCAACAGGAACAAGAGUCUGUUACAGAUUAUAAGUCAUUGAAGGAAAACCUUGCAAGGUGUUGGACCCUUACUGAAGCAGAGAAGAUGUCCUUUGAAACUCAGAAAAAGAACCUUGAUACAGAAAAUGAGUAUUUAAGAAUAUCUCUGGAGAAGGAAGAAAAAGCCUUGUCUUCAUUGCAGGACGAGUUAAGGAAACUAAGAGAACAGAUUAGGAUUUUGGAAGAUAAAGGGACAAGUACUGAAUUAGUUACAGAAAAUCAGAAACUUAAGCAGCAUUUGAAAGAAGAAAAGCAGAAAACAUACAGCUUCCUUAAUCAAAGGGAGACUCUGUUGGCGGAAGCAAAGAUGCUAAGGAGGGAACUGGAGAGAGAACGACUAAAAACCAUGGCUUUAAGGGUGGAACUUCAGCAGUUAAGCUCUAGUCAGUCAUAUGACAACCCAGACUCUCCCAAUGUAUUGACUGAGAAAAAGGAAGUAGAAAAAUUACGUGAAAGACUCACUGAGCUGGAGCGGAAGCUAAACUUUGAACAGCAGCGUUCUGAUUUGUGGGAAAGACUAUAUAUUGAGGCAAAAGAUCAAAAUGGAAAACAAGAACCUGAUGGAAAAAAGAAAGGGAGUAGAGGAAACCACAGGGCUAAAAAUAAGUCAAAGGAAACUCUUUUGGGGUCAGUUAAGGAAACAUUUGAUGCCAUGAAGAAUUCUACCAAGGAGUUUGUGAGACAUCAUAAAGAAAAAAUUAAGCAGGCUAAAGAAGCUGUGAAAGAAAAUCUGAAAAAAUUUUCAGAUUCAGUUAAAUCCACUUUCAGGCAUUUCAAAGACACCACCAAGAAUAUCUUUGAUGAAAAGGGCAGUAAAAGAUUUGGUGCUACAAAAGAAGGAGCAGCUAAAAAACCAACAGUUUUUAGUGAAUAUUUACAUCCACAGUAUAAGGCACGUACACAAAACCAGAACAGUAGAGGCCCGACUAUGCAAAGAGAGGGAAGGAAAGAAAAGCCAAUUCACUCUGAAGAAUUCGGAAAAAACACAAAUUCACAGAAAUGCAGUGCUGAGCAUGGCUGUAGUGAAAAUUAUAAUUCUUUCAGAAAGGCUUGUUCUGGUGUAUUUGAAUGUGCUCAACAGGAGUCCAUUAACCUUUUUAAUAUGAAAGUGUUGAAUCCUGUAAGGAUAGAUGAAUUUAGAGAGUUAAUGGAAAGGUACUUACUAGAAAAACUGCGUAGUUUUCAUCAUUGGAAAGAACUCGAUCAAUUCAUCAAUAAGUUUUUCAUACAUGGUGUCUUUAUACAUGAUCAGAAGCUCUUCACUGACUUUGUUAAUGAUGUUAAAGAUUAUCUUAAAGACAUGAAGGAAUAUCGAGUAGAUAAUGAUGGAGUGUUUGAGAAGCUGGAUGGAUAUAUAUACAGAUACUUCUUUGGUCACACUUUUCCCCCUCCGUAUGGACCCAGUCGACCAGAUAAAAAGCAACGUAUGGUAAAUAUUGAAAACUCCAGGCAUCGAAAACAAGAGCAGAAGCACCCUCAGCCACAACCUUAUAAAAGGGAAGGUAAAUGGCAUAAAUACGGUCGCACUAAUGGAAGACACAUGGCAAAUCUUGAAAUAGAAUUGGGGCAGUUACCUUUUGAUCCUAAAUAUUGACCAUGAUAAUUAAGUUAAAUUAGAAAAUUGUAACAUAAAUGCUUUCUACAAUGUUUCGUGUUGAAACUAAGAUGAAAUUAUCAAUAAGAUAACAGUGUCUUUUUUAUCAUUUCUAAGAUCAGUUUGAUGACUAUAUUAUUACUCAGAAGCAUCAAGCAAAAGCUUACUAACCUGCAUUUUUCUGUAGUUUAGCUUUGCUGAAUAUUUUUUGGCACUGGAAAUGUUGAACUGUAGUUUUAAGGAAGCCAGGCAUGCAACAAAUUUUGUGCAUGAAAUGAGACUUCCUUUCAGUGUAUGAGCUUAAAGCAGGCUCAAAUUAUACAUGACAAAGUGUAAUUAACACUGAUAUUUGUGUUAAAUUUGCAGUAGAGCUUGAAAUGAAUACAUUGUGAUGGAAUUUCUUCUUUAACAUUUUAUAAUCUUACUUUUGCUUCUUGUCUUUUUGUGGGUUCAAGAGCCCGUUGACUUGUGAAGAAUUUGCUGCCUUCUUAUGAGCUUGCUGACUUGUUCUGUUGUGAAAUUUCUUGCACAUAUGAAUAUUGUGGAAGAAACAAUAAAACUACGCCAUGAGGAAAACUAAAGGUCUUUAUUUAAAAUCUGGCAUUGUGUUAAUAUACGAUUUUAUCCUUUUUGGUAUUUUUCAUACAUUUCCUCAGUAGUACUAUUUGGUAAAGCAGUUCAUAGUGGUUUUUUGCUAGUUCCAUGAAUCUUACUCAGUGUUUACUAGAGUAUUUUAAACAGCGUCUGAAUAUUUCUACCCAGCAGUACCUAUUUCUCUUGGAAAACUAAACACAGUUCAGAAUUUCAUCUUCUGUUGAGUUUCCCUUUUAAUUUCCGUUCAUAGACGUAUACGUGACUUCCAGUUCGACCCUCUGGCAAGUGAGUGUGGAAGAAAACAGCAGUUCUCUCAUAGUUUCUUGAAAUUAGGAAAGCAUUUAUUUCCUAGAAUUAAAUAAAUGUUUAAGUAAAUAAAGGCUACAUUUUGC